UGCUCCUCCAAACGGUUGUUGACCCAACGGCGCACCAAAAUGGGAAUGACACGGUGGUGAGCCGGAGAGGGAGAGGCUGGUUUGAGAAAGACAGGGUAAAAAAAGCACAUGCUGUGCCGUGCACAGGAAAGAGCUUUUAUUUAUGAGGAGGUGGCAGAUGCGCCCACACGUCCAUCAUUAUCAGACGAUUCUAGUCACCUCUUGGUAACAUGCUCCCCCCAUCUGAACCUCCGUGCGGAUGAACUGAUGAUUUGCGUUUGCAGGGAAAGUUCUGCAGCGCUUGAACGAGUUGGGCAUCAUUGACCACGUCGGGCCUAUAGAACACUAGAGAUGUCACCAGGGAUCUUUCAAAAUUCGAACUCAACCUCACUGGUGAAGACGUCGGCCAUGACCUCCAGCUCGACGCAGCACGUUGGAGCAAAGAAAAAUUUGAUCCUAAAACCGGUCAUGACCUUGGAGGGUCACGAACGAGUCAGAGUAAGAAGACAGCUUUCAUUCAUUUCCUACUUUCCAGACGGCAAGGGAAUGAUCAGUACAUCAUAUGACAAGACUACUCGACGAUGGGACCUGCAGGCGGGUAAGGAGAUUGAGGAGGCGCGAGAUGUGUGUGAGCAGAAAAUAUGGUCGGUGGCAAUGUCCAGGGAUGGUCAAUGGGUUGUCAAUUCAAGCUACACUCGUGAUAGAAAUCACAACUUUAUCGGGGAGCUCAAAGCCCGCGAUGUUGAGACGAGGAUCACGAAAACAUUUGAAGGCCACGUCGGUUUCAUCAUCAGCUUGGAUGUCUCUGCGGACAACACGAUGCUGGUGGGCGGGUCAUGCGAUGACGUGUGGAUAUGGAGUCUGAAAACUGGCGAACUCAUGGCUGGUCCAUUCCGAUCCACAACUACAGGUAGUAGAAAUGGCGCACAUCCGUGGCUCGGCGUGGUUCGAUUCUCGCAAGACUCGAAGAAGCUUGCAGUCUUGUCAAGCACAGGGAGGUGCCUUGAGGUGUGGGAUGUCCAGACACAGAAAUUGGAUCUCAAAGUGGAGGAAAGCCGUUACGGGACAGUGACAUCGACGCCAAUAUUCUGGACAACAAAAGACGAAUCCAUCGUAGCCGCAUUUAGCUUCAAGGACAAGUACGAGGAGGCAUGGGAAUUGUCAUCGGUAUCGGAAGUGACAUCGUUAUCGGAAGCAGCAUCGGUAUCGGAAGUGGCAUCGGCAUUGGAACCGGAAUUGGAUAGGCUCUGGCCAGCUGAUGCUCGCAAGCCAGUCGACCUCAACACGAUCUACGAGUUCAACGCGUUGACACUGAAGAUUGUCGGAGCUCCCUUCGAAGGGCACACCGACACCGUCACUGGUCUGGCACUUUCAUUCGAUUGUGCUCUCCUUGCUAGCGCUUCUCGGGACCGCACCUUUAAACUCUGGGCCUUCAAGUCCCGCCAGCUCCUCGCCUCAUUUGACGACCAUUAUACCGACCUUCUGAUCUUCUCACCCAACUCACACCAACUGGCUUACACCAACUGGGGUGACACCAAGAUAUAUAUAUAUGACCCUCCACGUAUCUGCCCUGUACAAGGGGUGCAGCCUAAUACCACGAAACAUUCUGAUCUACUUAAUUCCGAUGCUACACGUCGUGCCGUACGCCGUAACCCAGCGACAUUUCCCAUCCCCCACACACUAAGGCCUCCGCCUACGAUAUACCCAGAACAACGUCCCUUCCUUCGUUACCUCCGCAAACUCCUUUCUUCUCGCACGAAUGCAGGUCCUCCUGUUGGGAACGAUGAGCCCCGUCAUCCUCUAGAUUUUCCUGCCACAUCGCCCCUGCCCUCCCUACCCGCGCAUGCCACGACUCAGACGCGUUCACACAUAAAUCCCCGCGAGAACUAUCGACCCACAUUAGUACCGCCUACCACCUUGUCCCUUGCCCCCGCCUCCCAGGCCCGCCUACACCACCUAUUCACAUGGUGGCCCGUUCGUAUAGGUCAUGCUCCACCACCUACGGUUGAUGUUCCUCUCGCGUGGGGUGAAUUGCGCCACGCCGCAGCAGGCGCUCCCCCCAAGGAGGAUGAUAUGAGACGUGAUGAAGACGUUCCUUCUCUUCCUACGCCGGACCCCAAUUCACAACCACUCACAACGGAACAAACUAACACCAGUGAGCACGGAAGUGGCCGCUGGUGUGGCUGCUUCUAAACAGUGGUAUUUUUUGGUAUUUUGAGUUCCGAGUGUUGUCGCUCGUCGCAUGCGUUAUCCUAUCGACAUCGACUUUUUGCAGAUUUUUUUGAUAUGUGGCUACUACAUUGUAUAAAGUGACAUGCAACCUAACUAGUAGUUAUUGCGAGUGCUUAAACCUACUUGCAGCUCUAGUCUCUUUCCCCUUAAGUAUCAUUCAGACGGUUAGGACGACGGACGAGAGUAGAACUGUUGCCGAAGCUUGCAGAAGGAAUUGAAUUCCAGCACAUUCAACAGUGGGAACGCUGGUACUUUGACUUGAGAAUUCACAAUCAUCGUUAUAGCAUCAGUUUAUAUGUGAAGACGGGAGAGUCAGCAUCAAUUACCAAUUAUUUGAGGCUAUGCCGGUGCUGGUUAUGCAGUCGC